AUGAGCGCCGCUAAAAACGCAAUCUUCCGCCGUGACUGCUACUUGGCGGGUCGUGAAAACAACUCAGACGCUGAAGGGAAUCGCCUCCAGUUGCUGAACCGUCCGCCACAGCACAGCGAGCGCUUUCAAGACGAUCUGUUCCGCAUCGACUCGGUCACUCUAGCUGUGUUGAUGCUGCCACCGUCUUUUGACGACGCUCGGUGGCCGUUACACGUACUGGCCUUUUGCUGUCUCGGUGCUGGUGUUCCUCCUCAACAUGCACUGGUGGUCGCACGUUGGAAGUUGCUUCAAGAAAAAUUGAUCUGCAGCAUCAGACACAUGCCGGCACGGAUUUUCACGCCCGCGCAUCGAGCGGUCAACCUGCACUGCGGAAGGCGUCAGUGUCGCUCGUCAAGUAUGUGA